AUGGACAUCUCCGAUAUCCUUCACGACCUGAACGCAAACCAUCAUACCUACGAGGCCCCUUUUGCGGACGGCGACGACGAGUUCGGCCGGGGCAAUGGCAACGGCAAUGGCAGUGGCAGUGGCAAACCCUCCGGACAGGCAGAUCUCCAAGCCCUCACACGAGCUUGGAUCAACGAACGGGGGGCAGCUGAACUCCUUCCCUGGCCCCGAGACGGCCUCAUCGACCGCGCAACCAACCGCAUCAAACAGCAGAUCGAACUCGUCGAGCAAAUGACGGGUGACAUGAACCCCAAGACCAACUUCAGCCUCAUCAUAAUCCAAACCGAAGUCGAGCGCUGGAAAUUCCUCAUCCGCUCCUUCCUACGCGCCCGCAUCGCCAAAAUUGACAAAUACACCCUCUACUAUCUGUCCCCGGAGCACUCCGACCGCUUGAGCGAGACGGAAAUGGCGUAUGCGACGAGACAUCAGCAGUUAUUGCACGGGCACUACUUGAGCAGUUUCCUCAGCAGCUUCCCCCCGAAUCUGCAGAAUUUAAAUGAUACGGCGGGAGGCAUAAAUAUGAUUGGGGGGCCGGAUGUGGAUGAGGGCGUGUUUGUGAGGGGAUUGGGAUCCAGAGAUGUUGGGGGUGAUGGGACCGUUGCUGUUCAUGGGAAGGGGAGGGACGGGGAUGGGGAGGUCGAGGUGGAGAGGGGUGAAGUCGUUAUUGCCAGAUGGUCGGAUGUGAAGGACUUGGUGGAGAAGGGGGAGAUGGAGUUGGUUUGA